AUGCCGCAUCGCCUCUCCCCAUGCACGCUGACAUGUUCACUGAUCGACUCUCCUCACGAUAGCGAACAACAGCAGACGACACUAGCCAGCCUGGACCCAAGCAAGCCCUCCGCCGACCGAUUUGGUCGCCUGCUACGGUCCGCAAAGGCGCGAUUCCGCUCGCACCUGCGACCCAAGAAGAACGACGAGACGAAAGCCGCCCCACAAAAGAAGGAAUUUGUCAACUUCUCGAGACCGAACGCAAUGGCGUCGUCUCGUCCUCCACAGUCACCUGCCAUCGGCUCCGGCGCCCACAAGUUGAAUCACACCUCCUCGGCCGCUAGCUUCAGCCGAUUUGUUGAGGGUUCCAUGAACGACCGUGUUUCCGCUGCCCCGCCGCCGUCAUACCUGGAGGAUAUGGACGUGGAGGAAUACGAGCGACAGUUUGUUGGCACGCCGGCCACCGAACAUGCUCCAACCAUGGAGCGACACCACACCCGUCAGACUACAACUACUGCUUACGAGCCAUCCGCACCUCCACAAGAAAACGAGCAGGAAGAACAGCAGCCGCCAGCGCAGCCGCCCAUGGGUCACAGUCGCAGCAAGAGCAAGUUCCUCCUCACGCCGCUGUGGGAUGGCGUCCGCGAAAAGUUCAGCCUGAGUCGUAGCAAGUCUUGGGGAGCCAUGGUGAGCGGUAAAGACGCUAUGGGACGGCCCUCUCUGAACACGCAAGCGGACAGCCGAUCAUCGAUACACCGUGGUCGAGGCUCAAUCAUGACGGCGCCUUGCACCCCAUCUGGUGAGACACCACCUCCUGUACCGCCUGUGCCUGUUUUUAGAGGAGCAGCCGCAGCGCUGGCGACGCGCGAUCAAGAGGCGGCCAAGGAAGCAGCCAAAAAGUUCUCAGCCGCCGAUUACCCCACUAAGGAGGAGGUGAUGGAGAGUUACAAGAACUUGGUGGCAUCGGGAUUCUUUGAACAGCACGCUAUUCACGGCACCAGACAUCCCCUCCGAGCCGCCCAAAGCGCGGGCACCGUAUUGAGUAACAGUCCAAUCCGACAUGAUAGUGUUAAUGGUAGGGCUCGCGCCGCCACGACUGCCUUCUCAUCCAGUCGUCCCUCGCCAGUACCCAGCCGUUCAGAAUCGCCAGCUGAGGACCUGAAGCCCUUUGCCGAACAUCUGGCACAGAACAAUGAUGAAAAGAAGUUGCAUGCUAUUUUCACCAGCUUCCAUCGCAAGACAGCGUCAGUACCCGUUAACAACUCGAUGGCCCCACCUCCUCUUCCCUCGCCUUCUAGGGAAGAGCCAACACGUACAAUUGGUUCUGCCUUUGUAAACGACUAUCUUCCUCCACAAACUGAUCCGGUGACUGCCCCAGACUCGCCUUCCCGCGGAACGAAGCGCGGUACUGAUCCCCAUGGUAACAACAUUGAGACCAACGUCGACUACGGCUCGAUCCGCAAGCUGGCCAAGAAGUUGAGGAAAUCACAGUCGAAAAUCGAAUUUGAUGAGCGACCCCCCUCGCCAACCAAGUCCCGUACGUCCGUUUCAAGCUUUCGAUCCGCCGCCGCGUCCGUCAUGUCGGCUCCAGUCGCCAUCAAAAACAAGUCUUUCAUAUUUGGCUCCAAGGAUAAGGGGAAGGCCAGGGAGAGCAUGGAGAGUAGGCCAGCCACGAGCGCUGGGCUGAAGGGUGGCUUUUUGUCAGAAGAAGGCGCUGCUUCUUUCUUCUCCCCUCUUCGCCAGGCCACCGGCUUGGACGACGCGAUAUCUAUUGCCACUCCGGUCCGCCCUGGCCAGGCAAGGAUAACCAAGGUACCCAAAAGCCCGUCUUCCUUAUCUUUGAGAAAAGGGUUUCUCGGCUUUGUUCGCAGGCGUAAUAGUGUCAGCCACAAGUCCCAAAGGGGCGUGGAAGAGCAGUCGACAAGGUGCCAUCGUCCGAGCGCGAGUGAAGCGAUGCCAGUGACGACAAAUACCUACGUACAUGCCAAUGGUUAUCGGAGAGAGGAGGAGGACAGCAUGAACCUUAGAAGGGACAGGGACGAGGAUGAUGCUAUGAUCAUAGACUCUCCUGAACCCGAGUACCAACUGGCAGCAUCAUCGAAUCACCCGGGAACUCCCCAACGACCAUCAACCAGUGCCUCGACAACAACACCCGUCAGCAUACCCAGAUUUCACUACCCGAAGCCGACACAGCAACCUCAAAGCGUAUCACCACUAAAGACUAGGCCACAGCCCAACCGUGCGCCACCACCAGUACCUGGAUAUGGCCUCGGUGACGAACUGGUGGCCAAGGAGAGAAACUCAGGCGACAACGGAAGUGUAAGUGGGAUUGUCAGCCACCGCGAUUCGGGCCUGGGCGGAGCAGGAGAGGAUGUUGAAAAUAUUCACAGGGUAUGGUGA